CGGAAACUGGCUGGGGUUUAUUUAGGAAAGCGUGAGUUGAGUACUUGUAAACUGGGAGUUCUCUCGAGAAGGCAAAGAAACUGGGUUAGAAUUUAACGUCAAGUUUUUUUUAAAGAAAGAGUUUUAUUUUAAAGAUUUCAGAAUCUCCACGAAUAUUUAAACAAAACGUAGACGGAGAGAAGGUUGUGAAAUGUUGGGGAGACUGGUCCUCGCUCUGGUGGCCGUCUGGGUGGCCCGGGUAACGGGUGACUGUGGUAGGCCUCCAAGAAUCGAAAAUGGUGAUCUAUCUGAGGAAUACCGUGGUCGGGACUCUUUUCCUAUUGGAGCCAGGGUCACCUACGAUUGUUACGUGGGUUAUGUAUUUGCCAGUGGAUUUACGAGAUCCUCCUCUUGUCAAGCUGAUUCAACCUGGGCUCCAUUACGAGGCAGAUGUGAACCUAUGAACUGUGGUAAUCCAGGAGAGAUUCUGAAUGGGUAUUAUAACGCAGAUGCUACGACUCUGGGGAAUAAAGCUAUUUUUCAUUGUGACGAAGGUUAUCGGAUUGUUGGUACAAAUUACCGCAUGUGUACAGCAAACGGGUGGAGUGGCCAGGUCCCAACAUGUGAAGCCAUCACAUGUAGUGAUCUUGCACCUAUCAGAAAUGGAAAAGCUCCGGUACCACCUGGUGACUCGUGGACAUAUGGGAUGGUCGCAGAAUAUUCAUGUGAUGAUGACUACUCAUUGAUUGGCGCAGCAGCCCUCACCUGCCAAGUAGAUGGCACGUGGGACAAGGAACCACCUGACUGCAGAGUUGUUGAAUGUCACCGUCCUGACACACCUGCAAAUGGCUACAUUGAAAGAGGAUUUGGACGCAAGUACAAGUAUCAGGACGAGAUAGUCUUCCGCUGCAAUGAAGGUUUUGAAAUGAUUGGUGCGAGUGUCAUUAAAUGCAGUGAGAAUAACAGCUUUGUGCCAUCGCCACCUAUUUGUAGAUUACCACCAACAUCUAAACCUAAACCUAAACCUAAACCCACUACAACAAUUGUACCUGCUACUACAACAGUUGCUGCUUUGACCACUGUUCCGACUAAAUCUUGGGCCAAUGUUACGAUCAAGCCUACUGAUGAAACACCGACACUAAGUACAGGAGCAAUUGUUGGAAUUAGUAUCGUUGUUGUUGUUGCUGGUGUCGUCAUCAUCGUCGUCAUUGUUAAAAGGUGGUCUAAGAAAAAAGAAGGACAAUAUACCACUCCUGAGAAAGUUGUUCAUGAAGUCCAAUUACGCUGACCCCUAACUAAAACUUAGAAAGGCCAAUAUGAAUGGUUCAUCACGUGGGAUGUCUACUUCUGCCUUGUCCUAAUUUCCUUAAUCUUGUCCGUGGAGCAACUGGACCUGAACAAAUCUUCACACUAGUGUAUAAUCUACAAUGGACACUGUUACCCCACAUACAAAAAAAAAAUUGUACUGAAUUUCUUUUCUUUUAAUGAAAACAUUCUGAUUAGCAUUAGAUGAGCAAUGUGGUCACGAUAACAAUAUUAAUGGAAACAUGUUCCAUCCUUAAACAGAGCUCUCUCACAAUUUCCUCCUGCUCAUCAGUUAAAGUUUACUGAAUUUUCUUCCUACUGUAAUCACAAUUGUCUUUAUUCUGCACUUUAAAGCAUUUGAUGCUGAUGUAAGCUUUUCUUCGAAGCAAUGGAGUUGAUAUUAGUCUUGACAAGUGUGGUAGAGGUAUGAGUAUUGCAGUUGAGUACUUUUGUUAGUGUCAAUUGCUUAAGUUUUUUUUGUGGAGGUGCUAGUAUUGGACUGAGGUAGACAAGGUCAGAUAUCACAUGGUACCAGAUUAUUUCAAAUGGCAUUUGGUUUGAAACUAAAUUUUAAAAAUCUGGACUAUAACCAGGUGUCAUGUGAUAUCUGACACUUUUAAACAAUGACCCACAUUAGAAAUUUACUAUAAAAGUACUUAAAUAUAGAUUUUCUCAUCAUUCACCAAAAUCAGAAUAUCUCACUGAAGAAGCUAUUUAAAGAUCUUUAUGGAAAGACAGAACAAAAAUAAACAUUUUGUCAAAAGUUCAGCCUUGAUUUAAGUAUUUUUCUUGAAUUUUUAAGGAACAAGCAUUACCUCCUUGAGGUCUGUUAUAAUUUCAGCAUCUAUCAUUUGAAGAGACCAUCUUCCUAACUACAACUCUUGAUUCCUUUAAAGUCUUCAGGAAUUAAAUUCCAUAACAAAGUUGUGCUCCUUCCUAGAAUCUAAGCUUAGGCACUGGUUUGCCAUUCAAGUUGAAAAGAACUCUACAAUAACAAUCAUCUCUAAAUUGAGCUUGAGUACAUGAAUAAAUAUUGUUUUAAUAUACACUUGAUUGAUUUUAACUUCAAAAUGUUGAGUCAGUUGUUUUUGUCCAAUUAAGACAAAUACCCACUUUGAGAAAUCGGAUGUUUUUGGAAGAAAUUUAGAAAUACAGUGGAAACGUUUGUAUGUUCUGAGUUUGCACACUUCAUUUUAGAGGCCAUAAUCAUAGUUAUACUAUUAAACAACUUCACGUAGCAAAAUCAUUGCCAGGAGCUAGAAUUGUAAAGGUGAGAUGACAUUGCUCACUUUUACUAGCAUUGAUGAUACAUGUAGACUUAAGUUAGUAUAACUCCUGUUCUAGCAGAGGCAAGUGAACUCUGUUUAAAUCAAACUCAGCAUGAUUACUAAAGGUAUCAAUAAAAUUUCUGGAAUAAUGAGGCCUCUAUUUUUAAUUGCCAGUCACCAUGGAUAAACUACAGCAACUCUACAUCAAACAAAGUAUUAAUCAAUCUAAGAAGUAAAAUGUAGAAGUUGACCUUUAAAGAUCAUACUUUGACCCUUGCAGUUGUAUCACAUAGAUUGGCUGGAAGCCGUUGUGAUUAUCGGUUGUUUAUGUUGCAAAUGAUUUGCAAAAUCCUUUAUUUUGAAAAGGAAUAUGAAGGAUUAUUUUUUGUAUGAUAUUCGAUUAGAUUGUCCAAUAACUUUCAAAUUUUCUGCAUGUUUGUAGGCGAGUCUUUAAUUUUAAUGACAUUUUGCAAAUUUCACCUUGCAUCUGAAGGCUGAAAGAAAAUAUGCUUUACACUCAAAUGCCAGGACUGUUUUCUAGCUGGUUGACUAUUUGAAUAUAUUGUAUUUGAGGUCACAUCAAUGCUUAUUGGAUCACUAGCCAACCUAGUAAUUAUUGAUAAGGAAUAGAGCAGCUGUGGACUUGUGACCAUCUGUUACGUUAAUGUUGCACUAUAAAUGUUUUAAGGUAAAGGUACAAAGUCAUUCUAAAAAGAUUUCAUAACAUUGGUUAAUCUUUCAUAGUUGAAUGAUCAAUUGACCAAAGAGUGUACCUUAAAAAAAAAACCCAAUCCUUUCACAUACUGAAGGAACGUGUAAAAGGAAAUGCAGUUUCAAAACCCAGAUUAAUAUUCCAAUUGCUAAUUUCUUAACCUUAAUAAAAUUGGAGCUUUUUGCUCUACCUGUAUUUCCAUCAUGUAUAUCCUGCUUUGUACUGUCACUUUGUUCCUUUGAAGCACCUGUCUAAUAAAGUGGUGAAGCUUUGUUCUGAUUA